AAUACAAAUAUCGCAAUUAACUCGUGUCCGAAAUGGUUGUCAGGCCCGUGGAGUCUGUAGCUAUUCGUGCUAUAUGUUUUGUCAAUGGGUUGAUUGGGACCUCUGGAAACGCUCUUGAUCUGGUCAAUGUUAGCAAACGAGCUAGCAAAUACGCUAGUAAUAACGAGAUGUCAAUGACUUUUAAUCUUUCCGUAGUGACUGGCUUGAUUCCCCCUCGGAUUUUAUCAGUAACUUAUGCGGGUUUGUUGAUGACUUGCCUGAGCUUUUGUUUUGUCGAUAAUAUCAAGAUCAGCGCGUGGAACUGAAAAAACCUGACCCCAUGGUUUAUUUGUAGCCCCCAUGGCUCACACACGGUGUAACAUGUCACUGUCAUUAGCUGUGUCACCAAACGGACCAAAGAAGGCCCGCGUAACUCAAUAUGCUCAUGCUUGCACGCCUGGGCGAAUAACGCAAACAGAAGCCAAUGUAUUGUGAAUACAAUAUCCACUACUAGGAUGCACAAUCGCACUUUCCUUAGUCUACAGCACUUUUGAUUGUGUUGCGUCAGUGUUGCCCUGCUGUUGUGAGUUGCAUACCAUGGAUUUUCUUGCGACCGCACCCCCCUUUCAAAAUUCCAGAGAAGGCAUACGUUACAAUGUAUUUUGACAGUUGGCUGAAUUUAUUAUCUCAACAGAACCUGCCAAUCUUUUCUUAAAAAUUACCAUGCCGGCUGCAGGUUGAUUCAGGAUGGGGGAGAAACCUCUAUGGGAACAGAUAGGAUCAAGCUUUGUGCAACACUACUACCAACUUUUUGACACUGACAGAACGCAACUCGGAUCAAUAUAUAUUGAUGCAUCAUGCCUUACGUGGGAGGGACAGCAGUUCCAGGGAAAAAGAGCAAUUGUUGAGAAACUCUCAAGCCUGCCCUUCACAAAAAUAGCCCACAGUAUAACAGCACAGGACCAUCAGCCUACCCCAGACUGCUGUAUCCUGAGUAUGGUUGUAGGGCAGCUAAAGGCAGAUGAUGACCCCAUCAUGGGAUUUCACCAGAGUUUUAUCCUGAAAAAUAUUAAUGAUGCAUGGGUGUGCACCAAUGACAUGUUUAGGCUGGCACUCCACAACUUUGGCUAAAGGGCAUCACUCACCCCUGACGAGUGGGUACGAGUGCCCUCUCAAGGUAUGGGAGGCACAGAGGAGCGAAGGGGGGGAGGAGAAUCGAGGGGUAACUCUUCCCUCCCUCCCUCCAUCUUAUUCAGUCCUGUUUGACAAACACCCGGAUUCCUGAUGUCAAUCACAGAACUUGCUGGUGGACAUUUUUUAACCACCUCAUCAAGUAGAAUUUCUUUGGGAGCUGGCUGAAAAAUCAGAUACCGCUGUCUGCCCCUCCACUGAUCUGCAUGACGCUGGAAGCCCUCAUUACAUUAUCUACCGUCAAGCCAGAGCAGAAAGACAUUUGCUAGCUUAAUGACGCCAUUCACUGACUUGGUUAAAUUCUACUCUGUUCCUACUAAGCUGUUUUUCACUUGAUUCUGCUAAAGAGCUGUUGAUUGAUGAUGAUCUGUGAUGAUUUUAAGAGACGCUACUCUUCAGUUCACACAUCUUUUGGGUUCAUUUUAGGUAAGUUGUGUGCAGUUUCACGCAUCUAAGUAGGUUCUAUAACUAACCCUUAUCUUCUUAAAGAUGGAUACAUUUGCCAUGAUUCAUGUUGUCAGGCUUUGAUUAAGCUAUCCAAAGAAUAAUGAAACUUGACCCCACUUUGUCUUUUGCUUUGAUACUCGCUUAGAGUAAGAUGAAUAUCACAGCCAUGUCAUACAAUAAAAUCUGGACUAUUUCGUAA